UAUAAAUCAUCAUUAUUUUUCAUAAAAAAAAUAUUCUUUUAAAAGUAUUUCCAGAAUUGACCAAUUACUUUUAACCAAAGUCUCAUGUUUCAAAUUUUACUAAAGUGCUGAAUAACAAGCUUGUUCUACAUGUUAUAAUGUACCAUCUGUUGCAUUUAGAUUAAGUCUCUUGCAAUUAUGAUUAAGCCUUUAGUACUCUAUUAGAAUUCAUGUCGUUCUUGUGCCUUAUUAAAAUAAACGACAUGGGUUUUUUAAAUUGUGGAAUAAAAGUUUUAUGUUAGAUAUACAGUGGAAUUAUCAUAUAGAGAAUAAUUAUGAUUUCGCAUCUGCUAAUUUGGAAGUAUGACUUUGUUUAAAAUAUCAAUUAGUUAUUAUAUUCACUAUUAAUAUAACUGACAAAUAUAUAAAUUCUUAGUGGGAAAAUGUUGACACUAGUAAGUAUAUGUUUCCCAGAGAAAUUUGGGAAAUACGUCCUACGUGGGAAAUAAUUGUAAAAAUCAUCAGCAUUUUACCAAUUAUCAUCAUUGGAUCUUUUGCUAAUGGUGGAUUAAUCUAUGUGAUACUCAAAGAAAAAUCUUUACAUACUACAACUAAUCUCUUAAUUGUGAAUAUGUGUAUCGCGGAUUUAGGUACAUGUUUAAUAUGUCCAUGGAUGUUUCUUUGCGUCGAUCUAUUUCAAAAUUAUAUUUUGGGAGAAAUUGGUUGUCGAUUGGAUGGAUCAUUGGUGCAUGCCUUAACAUUAGUUGCAGUUUUUAAUUUGAGUACAAUUAGUUAUGAUCGUGUUUCUGCUAUUGUCCUUAAUUGCUCGGGAAAAUUAACAAAAAGGAUGAUGUAUAUUUUACUUUUCUCUACUUGGAUUUUUGGAAUAUCUGUUGCCAUUCCUUUAAUUUAUUUUCGUCAUUAUUAUGAAAGACAAUGGAAAAAUUAUUUAGAAACUUAUUGCACUGAAGAUACUGUGCUUAUUUAUCCUUAUUGGCAUAUUUUUGCUGGUUUAAGUGUUUGGGCACCAUUGACUAUCAUGGCAAUAUGUUACACAGCUAUUCUUAUCAAAUUAGACCGUUAUGAAUCACAAGCUCUAAAAAGUAAAUAUCCAAUUGUGGUAAAAUAUAAAGGAAAAGUAGCACAAAUAUUGGCUCUUAUAGUUAUAGCAUUCAUUAUAUGCCGUGUACCAUUUACCAUAUUAAUAAUUCGUAGAGCACAAUUAUUGAAAGAAACACCUAAAACAGGACAAGCAGAAGCUAUAUAUCCAUUAUGGUAUAUUAGCAGAUAUUUAGUAUUAAUUAAUGCGGCAAUAAAUCCUUUAUUAUAUGGCUGUAGUAAUAGUUCACUAAGAAAGGAAUUAAUGUUAUGCUCUGCUACGUCUUGGCUAAUGCAAAAAAAAAAACAAAAAGUAUUAAAAACUUGUAUUAGCUCAGAAUUAAAAGCACAAAAUUCCCAUAAUCUAAAAUUACAAUUUCCUUGUAUACGAAUCUUUUAUAAAGACAGAAAUACGAUACCACAUAUUUCAUCGACUAUUAUAUGAUCAAAUGUCAAAAUUCAAUUUGCUUUAAUUCAUUUCAAAUUAAUUUCAUAAAU